AUGCGUGCCCUUCCUCAGUCUCUGGAAUACCUUACCCUGGUGGGUACCACAGAAGAAGAAGUGCCAUCUAUAGCAGCACUCAUCCGCAACAAGACUACCUACAUCCCACACCUCAAAGAACUCAAUUUGUACUGGAGUAUUCUCAAAUAUCCCGAAAACAAGACACGUUCUCUUUCCGAGACAUUAUACAAACACCCUGGCUUCACCCGAGAAGAAGCUUGCGAAUUGUGGCAAGAUUGUAUCGCGAAAGGUGUGAAGAUGCUUGUCACCUCCUGCACACCACCCAAUGAAUUUGCCGAAUGA